UGACGUUGUGCCCAAGGUUUCCUGGCCUGGUCUGUUUGCCGUAUGGUGCGCUCCAGAAUGGAGACAGACGGUGCUUUGUGAUACGCAUAUCAAUUAUAAAUGGGACGGAAACUCGUUACUAUAGAGAUCGGUGUGGGGAGUUUAAAUGCGUGUCCUCUGCAGUUGCAGAAUUAAGCAGUCGAGGACUGCGCCACACACAUUUUCCCAAAAUAGCGUCGGGUACCACAGGAACUCACUUAGCAAGACCAGGCAACAGAAUCAAGAAGCACGCCAACUUGAAUCUUACGAAGGCAGAAGAAAAUAAUUACGACGAUGUAUAUCAAGUUUUGUAAUUUUGGGAACUAUGCUGAAGAAAAAAAAAAUGGUGAAUUUAAGGCACCCUCGAGCAGGCCAGCAGAUCCAAGUGACCUCACGAGAUUUCGCCUGUUCCGGGCCGUGGCUGCAGUUCUUUCUGUCGUCUGUUUGAUACUCUUGGUUGUGAUUAUUGCGCUCGCAGCAAAGUUGCAAACGCAGUCUGUCUGUUCAGAACAGGACAGACUGAAAGAGGAGAAGAUAGACGCUGGUCUGCAGCAUCGAGCAAUGCAUGUCCGUUUUCCCUCAAAAGCAAAGGGUUCCCACCUCUAAGUGCCUUACGUGCGGGAAAGGCUGGAUUGAGUUUGAAAGCUUCUGCUUCUUCCUCUCUCGGGAGCGUCACACGUGGUCUGAAAGCCGGGUAGACUGCCAGAACAGAGGUGGUGAUCUGGCUAUUCUUGACCAAGACAGAGUCAAGAACUUCUUGUCUCAAAAGAGCAAGGAUCUCUACUGGAUUGGCCUAAAUCGCUCCCCUUCUGGGGUGUGGGCCUGGGUAGACGGAUCUGCACUGGGCAAGAGUAACUGGUCAAAAGAGCCUGGACAGGCGGACUGUGUGUAUAUGGAUGGAGAAGGUGACCAGAGCUGGAGGACUUCAAAAUGCUCCUAUGUUUCAUUCUACAUCUGUCAGAAAAAUCGCUGAAAUCCUUCUGCUGACUACAUUUCCCAUCAGCCGCAUUCACCACUCCAUGCUUUUCUGCCAUAACCACAACUUACACUGGGUCAUAUUUCCAUAGACAAAUCAUAGAUAAGGGGAAGUUUCACAUGAUUGUAUAUUUACUUAAAGAUUGUGUACUCCAUAGACAUAUUGUACUUUAAAAAAGGCCUUAUUUGAGUAAGGAGCAGCUUCAAUGUAUUGCUUUGUUUAGUUUGCACUUUGAAGACUUUUUUUGCACUAACUAAUGACUGUAUUUUUCUCUAUUUUUAUAACAGUUACAAAAUGUGCUUGGUGAUGUUGAGAGAUUACUCAAUUUUAUAUUUAAUUUUGUAUUUAAUUAUAUAGUGUUAAACCAGAUUAAGGUUUUGUCCCAUCAAUAUUUCACAAAGACCUUGGUCAACCCUUUAUAACUCUUAAUAUUAUGUACAGCAGUUAUUUGCACUAUUUGCUGUACACAUUAUAGGCCCAUCAUGACUACUACUGAGUUUAAAGAGUUGUUGGACAGUAUCAUGACUUUGUUUUGAGUUUGUUUCAUAUAUUAAAUAAAGAAGUUAAGCCCCA